AUGGCUCCAACACCUAGCCGUACGCGACCCAACUUCCUUGUCAUUGUGGCGGAUGACCUGGGGUUCAGCGAUUGCGGCUGUUAUGGCUCGGAGAUACAAACCCCAAAUAUCGAUGCUCUCGUGACAGAAUCCGGUGCUCUGCGCUUUACGUCGUUUUACGUUGCUGCAGCAUGUUCACCGACCCGGUCUAUGCUCAUGACCGGUACCGAUCACCACAUCGCGGGGCUGGGUCAGCUUGCGGAAUUUACGAGGAACUCAAAACCACAUCGUGGACAGCCGGGUCAUGAAGGAUACCUCAACGAGCGUGUUGUGGCGCUGCCAGAGCUUCUCAAAGAUGGCGGUUAUCACACCAUGAUGUCUGGGAAAUGGCAUUUGGGUGUCAAGAAGGAACACCAUCCGCAGAAUAGGGGGUUCGAUAAAUCGUUCGCUUUGAUCCCGGGAUGCGCAAAUCACUUUGCCUGGGAACCACCGUAUGAGGAUCCAAUGACUGAGCCCCCUCGGUUCUUUGAGACUGCGACGAGGGCGCUUCAUGUUGAAGACGACCACUGGGUUGACAAAAUGCCUGAUAAUUGGUACUCCUCAGACGGUUACGCAUCAAAGCUCAUCUCCUACCUGUCUGAGCGAACUGAUGAAGAAAAGGAAAAGCCAUUUUUUGCCUAUCUCCCAUUCUCUGCACCGCAUUGGCCGCUGCAGGCUCCAGCAGAAACCGUCGCCAAGUACAAGGGACUGUACAAAGACGGCCCAAAGGCGCUUCGCUCGCGUCGACUACAGGAAUUGAAGUCGCUAGGGAUGAUCAAGGAAGACACGGAGCCGCAUCCUGUGGUUGCCUUGGAUUGGGAACUUGAAUGGGAGAGCCUCGACGAAGACCAUAGGACCAAGUCGAGCCGCGCAAUGGAAGUCUAUGCGGCCAUGGUUGACCGAAUGGAUGCGAAUAUCGGCCGCGUCAUCUCACACCUCAAGGACAGUGGUGAGUAUGACAACACCAUGAUCAUAUUCAUGUCGGACAACGGCGCAGAAGGCGCCUCGAUUGAACUAGGCUCGCUGGGUGGAGACGCGAUCAAUGCCCAUAUUGAAAAGUACUAUGACAACAGCUUAGAGAAUAUCGGCAACGGCGACUCCUUUGUUUGGUACGGGACACACUGGGCCCAAGCUGCUACAGCUCCUUCAAGGUUGUACAAGAUGUAUUCAACAGAGGGCGGUUGCCGAGUUCCGUUGGUUGUAAAACCCCAUAAAGGCCUUGAGGUCACACAGGUGAGUGCUACUUAUCGCAUCAGGUCAAUGAACCAUCCAGCAUUAACCGCCCAAAUUCAGAAGAAGGCUGUCAUCACAGACGCGUUUUGCACCGUGAUGGACUUUGUCCCCACCAUUCUCGAACUGGCGGGCCUCCAACAUCCUGAGAAUUCAAUGUAUCAGGGACGACCAAUAGUGCCGCUACGGGGUAGCAGCUGGGUUCCCUUUCUAUCUGCCUUGGCAUCUCCAACCAGCCUAACGUCGGCGCUGACGAAGACUUCGAUACACACCGAUGACUACGCCGUUGGCUUUGAGAUGUGCGGGUCUGCUUCUUUGCGUCGUGGUGAUUGGAAAAUCACAUACGUACCGCGCCCAAGAGGUCCCCAGAAAUGGGAGCUCUUCAAUAUAGACAAGGACCCUGGAGAGACUAGGGAUGUCAAAGAAGAUGAGCAGGGGAUUUUCAAAGAGCUUCUGGAGCUAUGGGAUCAUUACAAGAAGGAUGUGGGCGUUGUUGGCUUGCGAGAAGAAUACGAAGGGACUGACGACGGGGAUGUACAUGAGGAUGACAUUUUCUCGGAUCCCUAUGGGUGGAUCAGGUACAUCAGGCGACCCAAACUCACCCCGGCAAGACUGAGCGCUGUAAUACCGUCUUGA